GCCUCCGCGUGGCCACACCCUGUGUGUCUGUCGUCCUGUGGGCGCCUUGCUCCCUCCGUCUGCACAGCCGAAACCAGAGAGAGCAGACGCCAUGACCCCCACCCUGACGGCCCUGCUCUGUCUCGGGCUGAGUGUGGGCCCCAGGACCCGAGUGCAGGCAGGGACCCUCCCCAAACCCACCAUCUGGGCUGAGCCAGGCUCUGUGAUCCCCCGGGGGACCCCUGUGACCAUCUGGUGUCAGGGGAGCCUAGAGGCCCAGGAGUACCGCCUGCACAAAGAGGGAAACUCAGUGACCUGGGACGGUCAGAAGCCGCUGGAGCCCAAGGACAAGGCCAAGCUCUCCAUCAAACACAUGACACAUGUAGAGGCAGGACGGUAUCUCUGUAACUAUCGCAGUUCCACUGGCUGGUCAGAGCUCAGUGACUCCCUGGAGCUGGUGGUGACAGGAUCGCAUGGCAAACCCAGCCUCUCAGCCCUGCCCAGCCCUGUCGUGACCUCAGGAGGGAACGUGACCUUCCAGUGUGGCUCACGGUUGGGACUCGACAGGUUCGUCCUGAUGAGGGAAGGAGAACACCAGACCUCCUGGACCCUGGACUCCCAGCGAGCCCCCAGUGGGGGGUCCCAGGCCCUGUUCCCUGUGGGCCCCGUGACCCCCAGCCCCAGGUGGACGUUCAGAUGCUAUGGUUAUUACAACAACAACCCUCAGGUGUGGUCGGACCCCAGUGACCCCCUGGAGCUGCUGGUCUCAGGUGCAUUGGGGAAGCCCUCCCUCCUGACCCAGCAGGGCCCUGUCGUGACCUCUGGACAGAGCCUGACCCUCCAGUGUCGCUCUGAUGUCGGCUACGACAGAUUCGCUCUGUCCAAGGAGGGCGCACGGGACCCUCCCCAGCUUCUUGGCCGACAGCCCCAGGCUGGGCUCUCUGGGGCAGACUUCUACCUGGGCCCUGUGAGACCCUCCCACGGGGGCCGGUACGCAUGCUAUGGUGGACGCAAGCUCUCCUCCGAGUGGUCGGCCCCCAGUGACCCCCUGGACAUCCUGGUCGCAGGACAGCUCCCCUACACACCCUCCCUCUCAGUGCAGCCGGGACCCACGGUGACCUCAGGAGAGAAUGUGACCCUGCUGUGUCAGUCAUGGAGCUCUGAGGACACUUUCCUUCUGUCCAAGGAGGGGGCAGCCGAUCCCCCCCUGCGUCUUAGAUCAAAGCGCCGAGCUGGGCAGCACCAGGCUGAAUUCUCCAUGAGUCCUGUGACCUCAGCCCACGGGGGGACCUACAGGUGCUACGGCUCAUCCAGCGCCUCCCCCUACCUGUUGUCCCAGCCCAGUGACCCCCUGGAGCUCCUGGUCUCAGGAACAGCUGACACCGUGAGCCCACCCCAAAACAAUUCAGACCCCAGCAGUGCCUCAGAUUGCAGGGAUUACACGGUGGAGAAUCUGAUCCGAAUGGGCGUGGCUGCCUUGAUCCUGGUGGUCCUCGGGAUUCUGCUACUCGAGGCUCAGCACAGCCAGGCAAGGACCCCAGGUGCAGCCAGGAGCUAAACACAAGGGGGAGCCAACCCACCAUUCCCUCUGGCAGACCUUUGGACAUCAAUCUAAUCUGCCCAAGGGGGUCUGGAAGAAAGCCUGCAGCUCAUGCUGGCUGAUCUGCCUGCUGAGAACAUCCAGGGGAAACAUGGUUUAGAUGCCAGGAAAUGUCUGGGCUGUUCUCAGUCCAGGACUCGUCCCCCAUGAACUGUGGUGCUUUCCCUCCUGCCAUUGUUGGACAUCCUUGACUGCCCCCCGUCUUUCCUCAUCCCUGUGACUUGAGGGUUCGUCCCACACGGCAGGGUUGGGUUCAUACCUUCCUACAGCAGCAGCUCUGGUCCACUUUCAUGGGAUACAUUUCCCUUUACUCGCCAUUUUCUCAUUCCCUGAUGUGCACCUCCAUCCCUUCAGCCCAAAACACAAGAUCUGUUUUCAUAAGUAAAUAGAUGGGUGAAAAUCAGGUCCACUUUGGAACACAUGAAUCCAAACCCUUGCCCUAAACCCUCUCUGGAAUCGUGGAGGUCUUCUCUCCUCAUCUGAUGACACCUGGUAGAGUUUUCCAGAAAUACCAUCAGUUUGAGGGAGCUCAGGGGUGUUUGAAGUGAAGCCUGGUGGUGAGCUACUACACUGACUCCAAGAUAUAAGUGGUUUUUUUAAAAUGUUGCGACUCGUGGCAUUUGCCCAUUUCUUUGGUGUAAACACUCCCGUCAUGGCCAACAUCAAGGAGCCGCAUGAAUGCACCGUGUGCCCAGGUGGGAGUCAUGGAUACAGCACCUUUCACAAGUGAGUGGGAUCCAGCUGCAGGCACACCUCACUGGUGAGCACGACGUGCACGUGUGCUUCCUUCUAUUUUAAAGGUCCUGGUACUUCCCACCUCAGUGUGAUGCCACAGUUUCAGAGAAAUUGUGAUGCCAAAAUCCUCCUGCAUGCACAGGAGAGGCAAGAGAACACAGGGGCAAAAUCCAAAGUUGGAGAAAAUACUAUGCACUUAGACUGCCGGUACAUUACUGGUAGAAGUGUAAGUUGCUACAAGCAAUUUGAGGAGUAGAUCAGAAUCCCCUGGUGGAAGGAAGGGACACAGCUCUGGCCCAUAACUCCACACCCUAGAGGAAACUGGGCACAUAUGCAUGGUGACUCCUGCAGGAGAAUAUUGACAAGGCUAUUGCUCUGUGUAGACAAAGCCAUACAAAUAGAAUUACAAUUAAUGAAUGUUUGUGUUACGUGUAUGUAAUGGACUAUUUUAUGGCCAAAAAAAGCACAAAUUAAAAUACCAAGCAAUCAUAUAAAUCACUUUGGAACUAAACUGAAAAAAAAAAAAAAAAACAAGGGAAAUUUUGAGAACCAGGUGUGUAGAGUUAUUCCAUUAUAUACAUAAGUGCAAAAAAGAAGCGUGUAUUAUUUAAGGAGGCAAAGUUAUGUUUAAGCCUAUAAAUAAAGGAAGGGAAAGAAUCCCAUGACAUCUCUAAGGUGGUAAACAACAUGGUGAUGUUGAAGGUUUUGUUCAGGAUGGAAACCACCAUCUGGAGCACUGGUGGUGUUCUCCAUGAUGCUAGUCUGUCGACUCAGGGUCCACGUGUUGUUCCUGGUAAAGAACACAUUUCUCUCUGUAACCUGCACCUAGUCUGCAGACACCUUAGUGAGAUGGGGCUGAAGUGGGAUGGAACAGCCAUAGUCUACACUAGAUCCUGAGCAUCAUCCAAAGUCACCUUGGAUCUGACACAGUGCCUAGUCCCAUGAUGGCACUGAGGUCCCUCAAAACAGGAUCACUAUCUACCUGUGGAGACUCCCCUGAGUCUGAUCAGACAAUGAGCCACGUCCCAGGUAAGAAGCUGGCUCUCUGAACAGCCACUUCAGUGUCAUGGACUGUGUGGUUAGCUAUUAAAAACUGGUUCGAAUGAGUCAGGACCUGUCAUUCCUGGUAAUCUGAACCAGGUUGGAGAUCAUCGGUGUGGACCUGGGGCCACUACAGAGACUGGGAAUGGCCAUCUCUGACUCUGGUUGUCUACUUCGACGAUCUGGGGUCAUGACAGCAGGAACUCUUACUCCACCAUCCUGCUAUCUGUCUGUCUGUAUGUCUGCUGUUUGAAUUCUCACAUCCUCCAGCUUUUCAGAUGAUGUACUUUCAUCUUCCCUUUUUCUUCAUAUUUCAUAAAUUAAACAAAUAUUGCAUGUCUUA